GGUGUGUAAGUUCGUUUUGUUCACAUAUUCUGACUAGAAUAGCAUUUUCCAAUAUUUUCUAAACAGAAAGUGAGAAUUUACUUAUUAGAACAAACAAACAUAUCUAAAAGAUAUCCACAAUCAAUAGGCAUACAUAUAUGUAAUUCUAAUUAAAAUUGAGAAGAUGAAAAAAAAUUGUAUUGAAUUAUAAAAGAAACAUGAAAAGAAUAAAAAUGAAAAUGGAAAAAUCUAUAACACGAAGUGGAAAUAAAGAUGAAGUGUGAAUGAAAAUUGUGCAAAGUGGAGUGGCGAGCGGAGUAGAACUGAAAAAGGAAAUAAGCGGUGCGUGGAGUGAAACGGAAAGAACCGUGAAGUGAUACUGCCUUGUAAAAGAUAAUUUUAAUUUAAAAAUAGGAUAUAUAGAUAUGUAGACGAUUAAAAUAUAGGGCGCCUGUUAAAAUAAAUACAAUCUUGAUUUGAAAAAUGUGAAGAAAUCUGAUUCUUUAGGUUUUGCUUCGUUGAUUUGAAUCCCUUUUGUCACUUGAGGAAGUACCUUCUAUAAUAAGAGUGGCUGAAAAAAUAGAUAUGUAUAUAAAUAAAAUGCAACAAACAAUGGAGUAGUAAUGUAAGAUGCAGUAAAACGGUUGUAUUUUGUGGUGUAAGUGGGGGGCACAGUGCCUGCAGUUACAACAAUAAAAAUAAGCUUACAAAGAACAGACAAUACAUAUAAAGACUCUCAAAGAAAAACCUUUCGAGUGAGGAUUGUACGUUGAUCUGCAGGUAGACCGGCUGACCGUGCCAGGAAGAGGCUGCAAGAUUAUUACAAGUCUGAGAAAGCAAUACGUACCGCAUAGUUGGUGAUGGCGGCUGUAAAGACUUGAGCUUGUAAUUGGGAGUAGAGCACCGCACACGUCAAAAACGAAUCAACGAAUCUCACAUUUCAAACUCCAUGACAUCUACGCCUCAUAGCCAAAAUGAAGCAUUCAAUAAUUAUCGGUAAUGUAUGUGACAUGCUGAAACAUAACGUAAACUAAGCGAAAUCAACAAAGUCAAAAACCGAUACAUACGCUAAGAAGUAAAAGCGAAUAAACUCAAACAAUUUGUGGAUAGAAAAUGUCAAUGCUGCCAUUAGCGGGCAGUGCCUCCGGUACCCAUCUACGUCCACUAUCAUUGACCGGCCCAGAACGUGAACCUGUACAAUUUACGGUUAAGUUGGUUGGCGCACCGCCCGAAGUCGAGCAGCUGGUCGAACAAAUCAAACACGUAGCCGAACAGUUUCUGUAUCAUUGGAAAACCUUCCCAAUCGUACUCCCGCAACCGCUAUCCGCAACAACACUAGUACUGACCGUCAACAAUGCAACGAACAGCGCCAGUAACCGCAACAAAACGCGACCGAUUAAUUUGCGCGACCUAUUUAUAGCGCCGCCCUUUGAUGAGUUGGAUGCCGUUGCAUCGGAUGGCAGCGGUGAACCGCGACGCCUCACCAAUUCGCAGCUAAAGUCAUUGCGCGAGUCUGGCUUGCAAAAGGAUAAAUACGGCAAGCCAAAGAAAUUAACUUUGGAACAAUUGGAAACAAUACGUAAAAAUGGUGAAUUCGAUGUGCCCAGUUUGCACUUUCCCGGCCAAGUGCAUAAGUGGCGACUGUCGCAGCUGCUGCAGAAGGGCACAUUGCGCGCCCAUGAUUCCUUCCUCAGCGACUUGGCGCUGGCCGCACGUUUUAUUGUUGUGACGGCGCGUGCGCGCAUUUUUGGGCACUUCUUUUCGGUAGUACACGCCGCGCAGGCGCUUCUAGAUGGUAUCAUCAAGCUGGUCGAUAUGUUUAUCGGGGUGCCGGCAUUGCUCGCGCAUAACUUGGAUUAUAAAAUCAAGGAAGAGCGCUGCCGCUUUCUAAUCGCGGAGCUUGUGUGUCGCCCCGAAUUCGAGGACUGUCUGGAUGGGCUGUGUUCGUACGUGCGCAAAAUGCUGCGUCGCGCUACAAUGGAAAAAUUCGAUUUCAAUAGCUGCGAGGUAAUACAACCGGUUCCGUAUCUCUUUCUCACACCCAAGGGUCAGGAGAUUGAUUUGCGCCUGUUCUGCCGUGACGUCAUGCGCAAAGCAUUGCCGGUGCUUAUCGGCAUAUUAGAACGCGAGACACGCGGUUGGUUUCUGCACUUUCGCGAACGCCUCAUUGCAGAGCUGCGCGCCAAAAAGCUCAGCGACAAGGAAAUCGAGGAAGAAGUAAAUGAUGCGGUUAUGAAGGAAUACCUACAACGCGUCUACUCCUCCAUACUCUCGAACCCCAAAUUGGCGGAGCUAGGUGAUGGAAUUCCUAAACUUCUGGUUCAACAGGCACAAUCCGUUGUGUUCAUGUACAAGGCGAUGGACAAAGUGCAGAAGGAUAUUAAGCGUACACGCGAAGAUCAUCAGAAAUGUCUUGCCAACGAUCAUUCGGUUUUGUCGCGUGUCGCGCCUUGGCUUCGCUCGAAAUUGCGAAAAGCUGAGGAGAGCAAACUCAGUAAAUCUGCAUGGUCGGCACAUGAGGAGGCGCUGAAAAUGUGCACCAAACAUAAUUUGUACCAAACUGCCUAUUUUCUUAGUCGCGACUUGGCAUUCAUGAAGGAGCGCGAACCAGUUCUACUCAAAGAGCUUAAGAAUGCGAAAACUCCGACGCGCAGCUUCCAAUGGGCUUGCCGCAUAUGGUCGCCGAGUGCUUGGAUAAUACGACGCAACUUUCAAGGUCAAUCGGAUGUGAUACCAACAGUAAUAAGUCAGCAGGCUACCUCGAUCGUAACGCCACGAUCUGAUCCCAGUCAGCCAGUAUUCUUGGUGGAGAAGGAAAUCAUACGCACAACCAGCACGCGCUGGCCACUUUGGCGUUUACUAAAUUUACUGCAACGCACCUGGUGUUGGACAUGGAACAUGAUGUUUCUGCUCGGCAUACUGGUGCCCUGGUGCAGUCCAUUAGGGUUGCGUGCGCUCUUCUGUGUGAAGCCGUUCAUGCCGGACUUGGAGCUGUCGCAAAUCAAUGGCACUCUGUUUCCGCGCAAGACCAGCAUCACGCAGACGAUGGCCUCACGCUUGAUCGAACUCUGGCGACACAUAUCAAAAUCACGUACACACUUCGAAACGGAACCGGACACUGGCUUCAUUGGCAAAGGACUGACGCGCAACUUAAAUCGGGUGUGGAAUUAUUUCUUUAAGGGUUUUCUCGGCACUCUUAUCAUAUUAUUCGCAUUUCCGUUGAUUUGCUUAGCCACCAGCUUUCUCAGUAUUGCAUUAGCGCUGACCGCGCCGCUUUGGAUUCCUAUAUUUACAGUGCUUUUGCAUCUCUAUAUGAUACUCGUUUACGAUUUGGACUGUCCGGAUAACUUGCGCAAUCGUUAUUGUAUACUCCUGGAGGCAGUUAUUUGGAACGUUAUGAUACAGGGCCUUUUACAACCGGUUGCAGCUGUUUUGGUCGCUACGUUCUGCUGUCCACUGGCAUCGACCAUAAUUUUAGUUGUUGGAGUGGCCCGCUUCUCGCUCCGUCUGCUAUGGGAUUCCUUGACAUUUCACUUGUUCAUAAAAAAAUGUGGCCGUGUACCGGCUUCCGAUAGCAUUGCUGUGAAGCGUAUAGCUGGACCAGGCCUAGCGCUCGACUACUAUUUUAUCAUCAAACCCGAACAAGCUUUGGCAGCUUUUGAAGCGAAAAUGGAGUUGGACGAACUUCAGGCAUAUCAACACGCCAUGGAGCGCAUCAUACUGCAGCCGCAGAAGGAUUUCAGUCAAUUCGUAGAAGCUUGCUUUGGUCCAUUCUCAGCGCAGCUGGCGAAGACAGGGCCGUAUAUGACACUGGAUCGUGAGGCACACGAUCUAAUGAGCACCCUACACGAGAAGUUGGAAAAGCGGAGACGAGAACUGCAAACCUCGCUGACGACACAGGUGAAAACGCGCAUAAAAUUGAAUACCAAAGAGUUGAAGAUUGCCAUACAACUGGCCGCCCAUACAUUGGAGAAAUGUUAUCCGUCGCAUGUUAUUGCCAGGCUAUCCAUUAGUGAGGAUGACUUUUGGGAUAAUAAGGGCCUCAGCGUAAACGAUUGGCCCGGUCUGGCCGGUCUCAUGUAUACCGAAAUAUUUAGCUUAGAUUUUCUAACGCCAUUGACUGAGAACGAUACACAUUUUAAACUCGAACCGCAUCCCUCGCUCGACUUAACGCGUUACACAGAAAUGGUACAAAACGCUACCGAUGUGAUAGGUUCCAAAGGUUUGGAUUUGCUGGGUAACGUGUACGCGCCGCGUGGUAAUGUGCAAGUGCAUUUGCCAUUUCUUGAAGUGACGGCCUUUAAUCCGCGUUCAAGAAUCACGCUCAACUUCAGGAAGCCGGAGAAGAGAGACAUGUCCGUCGGCUUAACGACACCACGCGUGCGCGCUCACCGUUCGCAAAAUGCGAAAGCGCCAGAGCCACUGAAACCAUGGCGUCCAUGGAAAAAGAAAACGGACGGGAAGAGCGUCACGGAGAAAUUGCUUAUACCGUUACCUGUGCCGCAUCCUGUGCACAUUGCGAUCGCCAUACACAAUCGUGACUCCGAGAAUCCUAUACCGCUCGACUCGGAACUCGUCUGGGAAAUUCUCAAGUCAAUCGAGGAUUGUCAAGGCGGUGAUGUGAUGGCCGUGCAAUCAGUUGCGCGCUAUCGCGGUGUGGUAACAGAAUCUAGUAACGACUCGUUAGCCACUAGUAGCAGCAUUGGCAGCACACGCGAUUCCGGUUCCGGCUCAGGCAUCGUUGGCAACGGCACCGAAACAUUGCCCUGCGUUAACCGUGAGGUUUGCACACAGGUAAAAGUGUCCGAGGAGCCCGUACAAACAUCCGGUUUUCAUUGGACGCUUAGCAAUUGGGGCGCCGCGCAAACGGCGCGCCGGCGCACUAACUCGAAUGUACGCGUCGACUUGGCCAGCCCUGAAGAUAUAUCGCUGGACACAGACAGUUCGCGCGCCGUCUUCAAUGCAUAUGGCACAACAGUAUAAGACGAUCGGAAAGUGAAUAAGACGGAAUGCCUGCGAGAAGCAGCUAAAGUUAGCUAAUAAAUUAUAAGAAUGGUUUUUGAUUUACAUAUAAAUUGGCAAGUAUUUUAUAUGAAGCAUAUAAAUGCGAGCCAAUGAGUGGUUUUGUAUGUAAAGUAGCCGUAGCACUGGCAGCUGACGUCCAUACAACGAGUGUCAAUCGCAAAACGAUCACGAUACUUUCAUAUGAUCAUGCGCAUACAUUUCAUAUGCAUUCGUUCAUAUAUAGUAUAUACAUAUAUAUGUGUUGAUGGAAGAUUCACAGUAGUUAUAUACAUACAUAUUAAUCAACAGGCAUAUAUAUUUGUAUAACAUAGCAUAUACACACAUUAGAUUUACAAUGUGCAACGUGCAUACAUACAGCUAGUACUAUAUGGAUAUUUUAUUGUACAUCCAUAUAAAGCAUCUAGUCGUGCAAACAAAAAGUAUAUAUUAAGUGAGCCACCUCAAUAUUUUCGUUGACAUUGUAGUUACUCUUCUUUCAUUGGUUUUUUGUUUUACUCUUUAUACAACUUAUUUUCUUUCUGCGUACAAUUUUUACAAAUUCGGCAUUUCCUUACCAGAAAAUAGCGCGUAGCUCAUGAAACGAUUUCAUAUAAAUAAUUUCUUGUUUUUAUAUGCCACGAUGGCAAUGAAAACUAAUUUUCUAUUUGUGUCCAAAGGAAGAGGUGAAUUUUGAUUUUUGCGGGCUGUGUACAUUCGAUUAUCAAUAUUUUGUUUUUGUUAUAAUCGGACACAUAUGUUUAUCAUGUGCAACAUGACAACAGAAUUUCAAAAAAAUUCAAAAUUCACCUUUUCCUUUGAACACACCUCGUAUGUAGUUACUAAAAAGCAUACAUAUUUACUCAAAUGAACUCGAAUAUCGCACUUAUAUUACAUAAUCUUUUUUUUUAUAAUUUCGCUUGUAGCUCUCUUCUAUAGCUUUAAGGCUAUUUAAUAUAGAGUAUUUUUCAAAGCCAUUUUGUUUGUAAUGCCGUUAGAACUCUACUUAUAUAAAUGUGUUAACACGAAAUACUAUUUUUUAUUUAUUUAACCACCGAUUUUUGGUUUUAUUUUAGUACAUCGCAAAUAAAUGGUCUCGGUUUUUAAUUACCCCCUUUUAAAUGAAGAACUUAAGGGUUUUUAAUAAAUUAUGAUAUUUUACUCUUUGCAGCUCUGUUUUGAGCGCACAUUCAAUAUCAAUUUCACAUAAAUUUCUUUUACGAUUUUAUGUAUAUUUUCGAAAUACUUCCAUUAACUAUCAUUUAAAGCAAUCAGAAGUACAGCAUUUCGUGAAUUUCGCAGCAAACUAGUUACGUUUAUUACUUACGAAAAUGAAUGGAACAGAAAAAAUCGAUUAUCUAGCCGUAGUCAAAACGCCCUUAUAAGAACGCAACCAAAAAUUUGAAUGAGAUUUACAUUUUAAGUAGCAACAAAACUAACAAAAUAAUGUUAAUUCUAUAUUAUUAAAUUAUCAAUACGAAUUCUAUGUACGAAUAUAUUAUACAUAAAUACAAUUUGGUAACAAAUGAAAAAACAAUACAAAAAAUAAUAAUUAUUAUGAAAGUCUAAAGAUGUUGGUCAGUAGCAAAUACACAUAAGUAAUACGACAUUUACAAUUUAUAUACAAGCGAAGAAUAGUUAUACAAAUAUUAUACAUAAAAAUAUUGAUAGAUAUUUACAUAUAACUAUUACUAGCCCUAGCCCUUUCCCCCGUCUGCUCUUAUCACCUAGCUUUGCUUUCCUUUCAAAGGUCUCCCCAGCACCUCAACCACGCGCUGUGGUAAUAAAAAAAAAAUCAAUUUAGCUUCGCAAUAAACUGAAUAUAAGGCUAUGUCAAAAAUUAAAUUUACGAACUUUUAACUAAUUGCAGCUGCAUAUGUGAAGUAUGAAGUUUAAGUAAAAAUUUUUGCAAAUAAUAUUUAUAUUUAACGAGAAAUAUGCUAAUUAUGUUUAUACCAUAUAUAUGUAUGUUGUUAGCAGCAAAACAAAAAUGUAUGAAAAGAAAAGUUAAUAUGUGUGCAUACAUGUUUACACGUUGGAUAAAUAUUAUGCAUGAACUAUAUUUAUUGGAAAGGAAAGGCACAACACAUAGUAGGACGAACAAACGAAAAAACAACUUAUUUACAGUAUAAUCCACCUGUCAAUCAGUCAUUUUCAUCCGCUAAUUCCCACAAACAAUUCUACAUACUUCUAUUAAAACAUAAACCUGUGUACAAGUAUUUUAUUUAUACAAACAAUUCACUUUGCCAUAGUUGUAUGUCUUUUUAUAUUUUAUUUUAGAAUAUUCUUCUUCGCACCAAAUAACAAAUGCAAUUUUUGAAUUUAAUGUACAUUUGUUAAAACUUCACAUUCGCUAGUAUUACCUGAGUACAAUGCAGACAACACACACACACACACACACAUGAGCAUAAUAUUAAAUAACACAUAAUUUCACACAAUUUUCUCCAGUGUUAUCUUAUAUUAUUUUUUUACACCUAUUUAUAUAUCAUACACGAUUUUUUUGUAAAUAAUUUAAUAUUUUACAACUUCGAAAUACGACCACUACUAUAUAAUAUAUUGGUUUAUAUUUACACAUGUACAUCAUAUAAAACAUAUACAUACAUACAUACUAAACAUAUUAAAAUAAACAGAUAUUUACAUUUAAGUGCAUAAUGACGAAGAAUAAAUAUUAUUACUGCAAAAUGAACAAAAAGUUGAUACAAAUUUAAUUCUGAUAGCGAUUUGCAUUAAUGUAAAAGCGAAUGAUUUACUCGUAAAUGUGAAAUAUGGCGACGAUUUCUAAUAAAUUGUAGUGUUAUGAAUAUAAUGUUGCAAACAAUAUAAAAAA